GACAUGAAAGAAGGGAUUAAGUCCAGAAGAUGGCGGUAAUGCAGCUGCAGUCAGACACCAAAGAAGAAGAAGGAGAGCUACAUGGCUAAGCUAAGUCAGAGAGGGUUUCCUGUUUGUUCCUCACUGUCUCUGUUAAACAGUACUGUGCUGCUCGUCCAGGAUGCUGCUGGUUUUGUCUGAAGAACAUAAAGAGCACCUCGCCUUCCUGCCUCAGGUUGACGCCGCAGUUGGAGAGUUUGGUCGCAUAGCGCUGGAGUUCUUAAGGAGAGGAACGAAUCCCAAGAUUUACGAGGGGGCAGCCAGGAAGCUGUGUGUUCCUGUGGAAAUGGUGCAGCAUGGAGUGGAAGGCCUGAUGUUCCUGAUGACCGAGAGCUCCAAACACAUGAUCUCUGAAGUGGAUUUCCUGGACUCGGUGCUGGUGUUGGGUUUUGGUGAGGAGCUGAACCAGACUCUCUUACAGCUCUACCUGCAGCACCACAGUCAGAUCCGCAGCAUCCUGAGUCAGCUGCCCUCCAACCUGCCUGCCUACCACAACCUGGAGUGGAGACUGGAUGUACAGUUGGCGAGUCGUGCAGUCCGUCAGCAGGUGGUGCCCAUGCUGACGUUGCGUCUUCUCCUGACGGGGGGUGGUAACGGCGGCAAUGACCGCAGCGGGAGGGUUCUCCAGACAGACCCCAGCACCCUGCUGCACCUCAUCUCCACUCUGGAGGCCGCUCUGGCCGCCAUGAAAACCAGCCAUGCUCGCCGCAUAUUUCGCAACAUCAAAUAACCCUCCAGGUCACUUUGUGUGUAACGUGUGCCUCCUGCCUCCUGCCACCUGCGACACGUCACUUUACUAACUUUCUAUCUGGAUGUUCUACCGUGUAGGGCUUAGCUGCUCCUGCAUGGUAAAUGAGGCUUUCCUCCCUCUGACUGGUGGCUUUAUUAGCCUGGAGUCACAUGCGCCAGACGGUAUUGACUGUAUUGUAUACAAGGUUCCUACAGUGCUGCUGAUAUUGUAAUAAAGUGUAAGACGACAGGAAAGCCAUUCUUGUGCAGCAACAGUGUAAAGGCAAGAAGGCCCUUACUUCCAUCUGUGUCACCAUGAAUGGAGAACAACGCAAGUGUUUCAGCCCAGCAGAGCCGUAUGUUAUUAUUAUGAUUAUUAACAUGUGUAUUCAAUUAAUGUUUGUAUGCUGCAUAACAAUGCUUUUGAACCGUU